UCAUGAGCAAGGGUCACUGUAUCUGUGCCGUGGCACAUUGCACUAAUUCUGCUCGCACGACGACGGACGUUAUUUAUCACGUUUUUCCCAAGGAUGAGCACUUGCAACGUGAAUGGAUAGUUCGAUGCAAACGCGAGGAUAAAGUGAAUGUGAAAACUGCACGUGUGUGUUCAGCUCAUUUUCGGCCUGAAGAUUAUGAACGGGAUAUGAGAAAUGAGCUUCUAGGGUUACCUUCAAGAAAGAAGUUAUUACGAACAGCAAUCCCCUGCAUAAACAUUCCGAGCUGGCAUGGAGAAGAAAUUGCGGAAAGUGGUGAUGCAAACGAAAGGAAAGGAGGACGGAUCAGAAAGAAGCUACGUCAGCGUGAUGACGAUGACGACAACGUGGACACUGCUGCACACCAAAUACCAGUGAACCAUCAGGAUGUGGUCAUAAAAAACGAAGUUGUUGUGAAGCGAGAAGUCGAGUCUGAUCCUGAUGACGUGUUGGGCGCGGAUGGAAAACAGGAAUUUGAGUAUGUGACAGUCGAGGAACAAUUAGGAGACCGUGACAAACCCACGCGUUCAGCAACUGAAGAGUCAUGUGAACAAGUGGGUCAUGAUCAGGAGCUGCCAGUUAUCAUCAAAGAAGAAAUUGACUGUGACGAUUACAUCGAUCCGUUCGGCAUUUCGGGAGAGUCAUGUGAACAAGUGGGUCAUGAUCAGGAGCUGCCAGUUAUCAUCAAAGAAGAAAUUGACUGUGACGAUUACAUCGAUCCGUUCAGCGUUUCGAAGAGGUGAACUGGCAGUAGGGAGUGAUAGCCUGUCUACCACAAGACGGAUGAACUGAAUGAGUUAGAAGAGGCAGGCAACAAACGGUUCUGCAGCUAUACGAAGAAGACGGCUCACCGUGACGUGAAGACAGGUAGCAGUGACAGUCCAGACGAUGACACGUACUGUUGCUGAGUGUCUGCACCAGAAUGUCGUGAGUCACAAAAAUAUGAAACUCGGACAUUACACUCUGGAGAUGGAAAGCAUGUUUGUAACGUGUAGGAAGUACAAUUUUGGUUGUCCUGGAUCCUACACUGCUUCGAUCGUAAUGGGGCACGUACAGUGUUACACGCAUCUGAGGUUACGUGCAGAAUGCCAUUUGUAUUGUGAGAAAUCAAUAUGCAGUUGGCUACAGAAGGCUGCAGUGUCUGAGUCGGGUUGUUGGUGUAGAGUGUGGGACAGCGCCUGCUCGUGCGAGAUGUGCGAGAUGUGUGAGAUGGCAUUUGGAUUGUCUUUAAUCAUGUGACACUCUGUACAAAAUUCAGAGAGUUCUUUUGUAUGUGCUAGAAAAGAAUCCACACACUGUGUGUGACAAGAUUUUUGUUGUGGUACGUAAUACACAGUACCACUUGCGUAGUACAAUUUGUUAGAGACCAAUUUCUGCUGUGAAGCUUCCGUUUUUUGAGUUUAAUGUGACAGAAUAAAAGCUGAGGUUAGUGACACUAAUGUACAAAGAAUUAAAUUCUACUACACAAGUGGCAUUGUGAAUUGCAUACCGUUCUCUGACCACUUGGUGUUGCUCUGUGCAACUGUGGCAAAUAUUACCAAACUGUUGCUUGCACCUGGUUGAAUGACUUUACUUAUGUGAAGAUAUGGGAUAUUUAUGGUAACUGUAUUGCUGUGUGAGAAGAGUGUAAGCUUCUGAAGACUAUAAGGACUAACUU